AGCUACAUACGUCUGACGUUCUGUGGUGUAAACAGAGGCUUUUCAGUUGCUGAGCAUUUUUGUUCUCAUUUCUAAACCAACUUGUAACCUUUUUUAAAAGCUACAUUUACAACACCUCAGAACAGGGGAUGGGAGUGGACCAGCCGGAUUCGGAGGAGAUGAUUGAUCGGCGGGUCUCGUGCGACGGGGAGCGUGCCACCGUGCGGUAUUUGGGCCCGGUGCCCCCCACUGCAGGGUUGUGGUAUGGCGUUGAGUGGGAUAACCUGGAGAGAGGGAAACACGACGGCAGCCACGAGGGAGUUCAGUAUUUCACCUGCAGAAAUCCUAAAGGAGGCUCGUUCGUCCGUCCAGCGAAGGUGAGUUUUGGAGUGGAUUUCCUGACCGUGGUGCGAGAGGAGUACACGAUCGACACCGAGGAGGUGCUGAGUCAGGAGAUCUCCAUUUCUUCCAGGAAACUCAAGUGGGGGAAAGUCAAGGAGCGCAGUUAUGAGAACCUGCCCUCCGUGCUGCUGACUCGCAGUGAAGUGAACGGAGCCGGGGCUGAAGGAGAAAUCAGGGAAACAACGCCAAACGUGCAGUGGUUGGACAUGUGUGGGACUCUGCUGUCCUGCUGGGAGGACGUGGCAGCCAUCACUCAGCAGCUGGAACAUCUGGAGGGACUGCAUCUCAGUGUUUACUUCCUGUCUGCUUCUGUUGAGAUAUCUGUCACCAAAACUCUGUCUUUUAACCUCUUUCCUUCUCUCCCUUCAUCCUCCUUAACCGCGUGGUGUGUGGUCGAUGAGUUGGGGAAGCUCCGCAGUCUGGUGAUCUUCACGUGUCGUGGGAACCGCCUGCUGAGCAGCGACGGAAACCCGAGGACAGCCAAUCAGAUGCUGAUCGCCAAACUGGGAAAACUGGAGCUGCUCAACAACGGCCAGAUCCUCCCUGACGACAGGAAGGGGGCGGAGUGCGACUACAUGAAGAUGUUUGGUCUGGAGUGGCUGGAAGCGGGCGGAGGCAGCGAGACUAGCAGAGAGUUCAUCAUCCAGCACCCCCGAUACCUGAGCCUCGUUCAGAAGUACGGCGCUCCAGACGAAGGCCUACUGAAGAAGUGGGUCCCGUUAGCUCUGAAGAACCAGCUGUUAAAGAUUACAUUUGUGUUUCCUGAUCACCCCGACCGGAAGCCGAUUGAGAAGAAACUUCCAGACUCCAUGGAAGUUCAGAAGGUGAAGGGACUCCUGAACAGACUGCUGAAGGUUCCUCCUUCAGAUCUGAAGCUCACCUACACCACCCUCAAGAAAAUGGGGAUUGAGUAUGAGAUCGACGGCGACUUGAAAACCCUGCAUUAUUACGCGAUAGAGGACGGAGACCAGGUGCAGGUCCGCUGGUCCUGACCCUGAAGAACCAGCCGGACUGAAACUGAACUUCAGCUGCUUCUGACGUCCAGCAGCAGCAGCAGACCGUUCCCUCCUUGGAGAAACUCACAGACUUUCACUGAGAGCUGGAUUCACUCCAAAACGACUCCCCAACUGGAUCUGUUGGUUCAGAGCAUUGAACCGCACGCUGAGUCAAAGCACUGCUCUGAAAAAUGCAUGGCAAUGAAUCAGCUUUGACUUCAUUCAGAAUUUCAGAAUCACCAAAUAGUCAGUGAAAUCAGACGCACUAACAAAAUUAACCUGUUUCCUUUUCCUCUUGCACUGUUUUUGUUUUCUCUUCUGGGGACAGUUGAGCUGUUACGCUACAUUUUCAAAUAAAUGUUAGAAAAGUAUUCUAAUGUGUUUUCUGAUCCAUGAAAAAUAAAGUUAUGGUUAUCAACAAUCAACCGUAUUUCCUCUCAGACUAAUAUGACUGCACAUAAUACCUUGAUCUUCCUUAGCAACCUCAUUGACCAAUCAGAAUAGAGUAUUCAAUUGAGCCGUUAUAUUAACUGUAAUUGAAGACACAUUUUAAGUGGAGUAUUUCUUUGAAUUGCAUCUGAAUGACACAUCCUCU